GGUAACAGUCAACUGUUGAAUUAUUUGCUUACCACCACCACCACGAUCGUCCGUUGGAAUUGCAGUUGAGCUCUCUCUCUCAACAAAUUCCUCCCCUUCUUUGUUUCCUUAUCCGCAACUUAUGUGGUGAAGAUAAGCAGAAGAAAUAUUGUCGUCACCGCACCCAUUUCGCCCCCAACAUGGCGACCCAGCAGGACCAGUUCGCCCAGAUGAAGAAGACUGUCGAGGCACGAAAUUACCAACAACAACGACAGCUUCCUCCCUCCUCAGGGGCACACCCACUGCCACCAUCAUCCGCCCGAAGUCAACAACCACCCCCUGCAGCACCGGCAGAACAACCGACUGUCGACAUCCCUUCCAUCAUUCCGGACUCGAAAACUGGACUGACUUACCUGAGAGGAAAGUUAUUGGGAAAGGGGGGGUUUGCUCGCUGUUUUGAAGUCACCGAGACCAAGACCAAGUCGGUUUUCGCUUGUAAAAUUGUAAAUAAGGGUCUCCUACUCAAGCAGCAUCAGAAAGAGAAGAUGGUUCAGGAAAUAAAGAUCCAUCGCGACCUGCGCCAUAAAUAUAUUGUGAAUUUUCUUUCACAUUUUGAAGACGAUGCAAAUGUGUUCAUCACUUUAGAGCUUUGUACUAAAAAGAGUCUAAUGGAGCUGCAGAAACGUCGUCGCUGCAUUACGGAGCCUGAGUCUAAAUACUUUCUCCGCCAGAUUGUUCAAGCCGUAGAGUAUCUUCAUGAUGAGAAACACAUUAUUCAUCGUGACCUGAAACUGGGAAAUAUCUUCAUCUCGGAGGACAUUUGUUUGAAAAUCGGCGACUUUGGACUCGCUACAACCAUUCUAUUUGAUGGGGAGAGGAAAAAGACUCUUUGUGGCACCCCGAAUUACAUUGCGCCAGAAAUCCUGGGAAAGAAAGGUCACUCGUAUCAAGUGGAUAUUUGGUCGAUUGGAUGUAUUUUGUACACUCUACUCAUGGGCCGUCCUCCGUUCGAAACUAGCACCCUGCGAGAUACUUACCGGCGGAUUAAACGAGGCGAGUACACGAUUCCGAGAGACGUCCAUAUAUCGACAAAUGCGAAGAAUUUGCUAAUCAAGUUACUUCAAGUGAAUCCCAUGAUUCGACCCACAGCAGGAGAAAUUUUGCGGUCCGAGUUCAUGAUGCAGGGUUUCAUUCCGUCUACCCUGCCAGCAUCUGUGCUCGUCAUGGCCCCACGGUUUGACCGACCUCCAAACUUUGGACAGUCUAUCAUUCGAACGACAGCCGCCCCAGUUGCUCCUCCCACGGUGGUUAUUGCUCCUGGGAAUCCACUAUUUAAGAAACCUCUUGGACUCGCUAAUCAGCCAGCAACUGGCAGUAGUGAUGGUACGGCUAGUGGCGGCUUCAUUCCUCCAACGGCCGCAUCUGUGCGAAGUUUGGCCCCCUCGACUGCCCCCCAUCAACAAGAACCACCUGCAUUGUACUGCGAUAUGGACACAAAGGAUCUUAUGCAAAACAUGAUAUCUCUCCGAGAUCAAAUUAGGAAAAUUGUGAGCGGAAAGCUGCCUCGCACAAAAGAUGAUGACAACGCUGAAGAUCCAUCGCUUUGUCCACUCCUUUGGAUUUGCAAAUGGGUCGACUACACAGACAAGUACGGUUUUGGCUAUCAUUUAUCGGAUGACACGGUGGGUGUGAGUUAUAACGAUCAAACAAAGAUGAUUCUUCUCCCGGAUGCCAAGAGUGUUCACUACAUCGACAAGGAAGGGAACGAAUCGUACCACACUAUGAAACACUUUCCAGAUGAGUUGCUCAAAAAGAUAAAAUUGCUCAAGUUCUUUGAACAGUAUAUGCACGAUAAUUUGAUCAAGGCGACUGAUGGUCGUAUCCCUCCCCCACCGUCUGACUGCAUUGCUCGUGUUCCCAACAUGUGGACUUGGUUUAGGUCAUCCCGUUCCGUCGUGAUGGUACUUUCCAGUGGGACGAUGCAAAUCAACAACUUCCGGGACCAUACGAAAUUGAUCCUGUGUCCACUCUUGGGUGCUGUGACGACCUUGGGGUCGAAUAAAGGGAUGCGAACCUAUAGCUUGAGUCGAAUGCUUGAGGGUGGUUUGUCGGCAGAGUUGGUGGAACGAUUGGCUUACGCGUUAGAUAAGAUUGAAGUCAUCAUUGGUCACUCGAAGGAGAACGUGUCUGCCAAUGUAGUGGAAUCACCGGCCAAAAAAGUGUAGGGUCACAAAUUGUGCCAUUUUUUUAAUUCAGUUAAUGCUGGUUUUAAUUAACACUUUCCCGCUCGAACAGUCGAAUAUUAAUAAUUUUCCACAAGAAUGUGAUUAAAAUUAGAGAAAGAAAGCGAUAAUUUAAUUUAUUAAUUAGACAUGAAUACAAUAUCUGUAUUCAUUUGUAUGGCAAAAUUUUCGUAAAUCUUAACAUGCGUACUUAUUAGGCUGAGUGUCAGGUAUUAAUUUUAUUUGAGAUGGAUGGAAAGUAAGUGUGUAGUUUUAAUAUAAAAUUUUCAAACAGUUUUAAACUGCACAGGGAGAAUAAGGUUAGAAAAUGAAUUUUUAAUAAACUAAAUUGGAUACAACGAGGAAGAAUUGUACAAAUUAAUGUAGAGUCUAUCGUUAUUAUACUAGCCAAUCUGUUUGAGAUAAGAUGCGUGCUUAUCACUACAAUUGUAUAAGCUCAAUUUAUGUAUUCCAAUUAUGCAACCGCAAACGAUUUUGCAUUUCUUAAGAUUUGUAUUGUCAAAUAACAUAAAAAAUAAACUGCUAUAUUUAAGUGCGA